CUAGUGCUUCCAGCCGCAGCCUGGGCGCUCGGGAGUGCGCAUGCGCGGUGCGGUGGCUCGUAUAGCGUACGCCAAGCGCUUAGCGGACUGCAGUGCCUGGUCCGGAGCCGGAGGGAACCAGGGCUCUAGCUUAGGGAUGUCAGGGGCUCAGAAGGCCAGAUUAGUUGGAGCAGUUGUUGAGAAGCGUUCUGCUGUAACUAAGUAGAUAAGAUGUAUAUGCUCGGCCCGGUGCAGAGGGCACGGUGCUGCUGAGUGUUGGGUGUCCACCCCAGGCUAGUCAAGUCUGCGAGCUAUAUAGGGAACCUACCACUGACCGCUUCUGAUCUUUCAAGAGAAAUCAGGAAGAUCUAAGAUGUCUGCCGAGAUGCCCAUCGUGGUAGAUGACAUCAUGAAGCUUCUAUGCUCCAUUUGCCAGGAGAAGAAAAUGAAGGCGGCCGUCAAGCACUCUGGAAGGGGUGCCGUGGUCGUGGGGGCAAUGGCCUUCGUCGGCGGUUUGGUUGGUGGCCCACCAGGAUUAGCUGUCGGGGGGACCGUUGGGGGCCUGUUAGGUGCCUGGAUGACAAGUGGACAGUUUAAGCCCGUUCCUCAGAUCUUAAUGGAGCUGCCCCCCGCUGAACAGCAGAAACUUGUUAACGAAGCCACUGCCAUCAUCAGGAACUUGGACUGGACAGACGCUGUGCAGCUGACUGCUCUGGUCAUGAGCAACCAGGCCAUGCAGCAGAAGCUCUUGGCCAUGCUAACCACCUAUGUCACCAAGGAGCUGCAGGCUGAGAUCCGCUACGAUGACUAAGUUACCCCCUCUCUCCCCUGGGGAAUGGGGUUUUCAUUUUAGAUGAUUCUAUGUCUCUCAGAAGGUGGCCAGGGAAUGGGGGAAGCCUACCAGGUACUUCUGAGAAACUUGUAUAUUACCAGCAUUGGUUGUAAGCUGGCUAGUACAUCCUGUUGGACUGUCCUGUUGGAGAGGCCUUGGCUGUGCAUCUUGGGCUGUGUGUGCUAUGGGAAGGUACAGGCAGGCCCGCUGUAGGUCAUGUGUCUAAAAGAAGUUCUCAUGUUGUUGGCCGGCCAACUCUACCAGAUGUUCCUCUUUCUGUGAAGAGUGUACCUCCAGGUACCUGUCACAGGAUUGGAUCCCCUUAAGCUCUGGGGUCUCGGGGUUCAGAGCCAGCUCUUGUCAGGAUUCUGUUUACCUGUGAGUGUUUCCCUUCCUUGGCCAGGGACUUCCCAGUGGUCUCAUGAUGAACGGUCCCUCCUGUGAGUGAAGUCACAGAUGACAGGCGGUCUCUGUGCUCUGCCACUGGCAAUGUCCCCCAGGCUCUCUUGAGUAACUUUAGUUAAGUUUCUAGGAUCAUUUGCCUCCCUAUGGAAAAUCAUGGCACUUCUUUAUCUUUUAUUUUUAAUGUCAAUUUCUGGACCCUUUUUGUUCUCUACACUUUCGAGGCCUAAGUUAAUUUAGCUCCGUUUUCUUUUUCUUCUUACUAUGUUUCCUGGGCCAGCCUUGAAGUCCUGGACUCAAGUGAUCCUGCUAUGGAGCUGGGGACAGAAGGCUUGUGUCACCAUACCUAGCCUUACCUCAAAGACUGUUCUACUCCACUUUUUCUGAGUCCUUCCAUGGUCUCCUCUCAGCUGUCUGCAAUCUAUCUGUAAUUCAUUUGUGUGAAAAGACAACAUUAACAGUGAAUUCAAAGACCCUAACUGAGCCAGGCACUGUGAUACUCACAGCCUCAGAUAACUGAAAGGCCAAAAUGGAGCAUCCUUGGGUCCAGGAAUUCAAGGCCAACCCGGACAUAGCGGAAGCCGGGAGAUACACGGGACGUUACACCCCUUCUUGGUUGGCCUUUAUUUGCAGUCACAGAGACAAGAAGCAGCGAGUGUUCUGAUGAGAUGGAAAGAGAUGGGAGACAGGGGAGACCAAGGGAAGGCAGGAACAACAAGAACACUAGCUUAACCUCCCAUGACACUGGCUGUUUACAGAUCGGGCUAGCCUCUCCUCGUUUCCCUAAGCGACAGUGGCUCAAAUCCAACAAGUAGCUUGCUUGUUUGUUUUCCUUGUGGUGUUGUGGACGGAACCCAGGGCCUUGUAUAAGCUAAGUGCCACCACGGAACCCUGCUCCUAGUCCUUUCUUGGUAGAUCCUAGGCUAGUUCUCAGAGUAAUGUGGGAGUCUGCUGGUUACCCCCUGAGCCCGGUCCCGGUCCUUGAGCUCUGGUUUAGUCAGUUGGUCCUAGUGCUGGCGCUCAACCAGUAACAUCAUAUGCAUUUGACUCAGUAUUGGAUACUUCCUUUUUAUCCCUCACUGGGGAUGCUCACUCAUGGAGGGCAGGAGCUGUGUGUCCCGGUCACCUCCUCCUAUCCCCAGCUUGCUCCUACCUGGCACUGUGGCUUUUAUUGUGCUAGACACUCAAUAAAUAUAUAUUUUUAAAGCUCUGUAUUUUAUAUCUUCCUGGUUGGUUAUUUAUUUAUUUAUUUAUUUAUUUUUCAUGUUUUGUCUAUAUUUCUGUAAGUAUGCUGUAUGUGUCUGGUUCCCACAGAGGCAUUGGACCUCCAGGAACCGAUGUUAACUGACAAUUGUGAGCCACCACGUGGGUGCUGGGAACUGAACCCAGGCCCUCUGCAAGGGCAUCAAUGGCUAAACAAUUUCACCUCUUCUAGGUUUGAGUCUUUAAACGCGGGUUUCUCUGUGUGAUUCUGGUUGGCCUCAAACUCAUGGUCUUCCUGCCUCAGCCCCUUGAACUCUGAGAUUACUGGCAGGCAUUACCAAGACAAAGACAGAUACGCGUUUUUUUUGUUUGUUUGUUUGUUUGUUUGUUUGUUUGUUUUGUUAGAAGUCUUUAAGUUCUUAUUGUUUCUGGUUUUUUGUUUGUUCAGUUCUUUUGGUUUUAUUUGUUUUUUGUUUUGUUUUGAGACAGGAUCUCAUGUAGCCCAGGCUGGCUUCCAACUCUAAGUAGCCAAAGAUGACCUUGAACUCUUGAUUCUCCAGGCUCUAUCACUGCUAAGUGUUGGGAUUCCAGAGACACACCUUUAUGUCUGGCUUCAGUAAAUAUUUUUGGAAGUCAUGGUUUUGAAACCACUUCCUAUGGAAUUCCUCCAGUAAGGAAACAUGUGACAAAAGAGACCUAGAAUCAAAUUUCAAGCUUUUCGAAGCCCCUGAGCUACUAAUCACAGAAGCUGGGGUUUGGCCUGGCGUCCCUAGAACCCAGAGCCCUCGCCGGAACACCGUGUGGUAGUCCCCCCCAAUUUUCACAAACACGUGUGAGACAUGUUUUCACCUGAAAUAGUUUUAGUCCAAUGUAUGCUGUCUCCAAAGUGGGGCACCCCAACUUCCGGUAUUUCUACCCCAAGGUCUCCCUGAAUGCUGUACCUUUUCAAAACUACAACCUGACUAUCGUCCAAUUACUAAUAAAUUACUUUUCCCUGAAAAGUCA